ACCGCAGAUGGAAGAUGCAAAAAUGCUACUUGAUCUCGUGGUCCAAAAUGGUUGUGAUCCUGAUCUUAUACUAAGUUUCGAAAUCAUGAUCAAGCGGUAUUGCAAAACUACAAACAUACAACUAUUAUUGAUGGACUGUGCAAAGCCAAUAGACUCCCCUUUACGAGCCAGCUCUUCAUGGAGAUGUGAGCUCCUGGAGUUGCUCCAACUGUCGUGGGACGACUCGUGUAUAGUCUUCUCCCUAAUGUUUUAUUCUUGAUGUUUGGUACCCAAGAAGGAGGCUUUGUCGAUCACUUGAAAACCCUUUAUAUGAAAAAGCAAACGAGAAGAGAAGUAUGCCAUUGGACUAUGACCUAGUGCAGAUUGGCUUGAUGAAGACUAAAGAUAUAUAUUUCAUUACAAGCCUCAUUCUCACAGUCACAACCAGCCACCAUGCUCACUGCUGCCAAUACUACACUGCCUGGAUGCCCACGUAAGUGUGGAAAUGUGACAAUCCCCUACCCUUUUGGCAUUGGGAGAGGCUGCUCCUUGGGGGAUAACUUUGUUAUUGUCUGUGACGUGCAAAAGAAUUUCUCUUUACCUAGAUUUCCUGGUAGACAGAUUCUUGAUAUAUCUGAGACCCAGUUGACAGUAACAGCUCGUCCUGCUGCUUCUUCUUGCGACUCUGUAGAAAGAGGAUCAGGUGAAGACAACACUUGGCGUACGGUUGAUCUGACAGCCCUGCCUUAUUCAGUGUCAUCCACCUCCAACAAGUUUGUGGUCACUGGUUGCCAUCACUAUGGAUUGAUCGAGGCACAAACAAUGACUGGCCGGGAAGUUGUUAGCUGUGUUGCCUUGUGUACCAGAGAAGAGGAUAUAAAUGAUAAGAUGUGCUCUGGCAUUGGUUGUUGCGAAGCUUCUAUUCCAAAGGGCUUACGUGCCUGGAAUAGUAGCCUAGAAAAGAUAUAUUACAAUACAACUGUUUCAUACGGGAAUUGCAGCUAUGCCUUCAUAGUUAAAAAAUCAAGUGUCAGAAUUCGGGGAUUUCAGGAUGCUGGGCUUCUGAAAAGUGUGCCUUUAGUGCUUGACUGGUUUAUUCCCAACGAGUUCUGUAAGGAUGCUCAGAGGAACUCAACUACAUAUGUGUGUCAACAGUAUACAACUUGCAUUGAUCUUGAUCAGGUUCUGAGUGUUGUAGGAUAUCGAUGUAAAUGUCUUCAUGGGUAUGAGGGCAAUCCUUAUCUUAGCCCAGGUUGCACAGAAAUUGAUGAGUGUGCAAAGGCAAAUAAUCCUUGUUCCAGCACUUGUCUCAACACUCCAGGUAGCUAUAAAUGUCACUGUUCAACUGGCUAUUAUGGUGAUGGCAGGAAAGAUGGAACUGGUUGUCAUUCUAAGAGCUUGAAAUUGGUCUACAGUCUUGGACUUGGCUUGGGGUUGGGAUCUAUGCUUCUCUUUCCCAGUGGGUUUUGGCUUUUCAUUGUAGCUCAAAGAAGAAGGAAGAUAAUGGAAAAGGCUAAAAACUUUAAGCAAAAUGGUGGUUUUUUACUGCGACAACAAAUGUCAUCCAAGGACGGUAUGAUAGAAAAAACAAGGAUUUUUACUGCUGAUGAGCUAGAGAAAGCUACUGAUAAUUUUAAUAAUGACAGAGUUCUGGGUCAGGGAGGUCAAGGUACAGUUUAUAAAGGUAUGUUGAGUGAUGGAAAUAUUGUUGCCAUAAAAAAAUCCAAAAUAGAAGGACAGAGCCAGUUGGGUCAAUUUAUAAAUGAGGUGGUCAUUUUAUCACAAAUUAACCAUAGAAAUAUUGUCAAGCUAUUAGGAUGUUGUUUGGAGACACAAGUUCCUCUGCUAGUCUAUGAAUUUGUACUAAACGGGACUCUUUCUAAAUGUAUCCAUGAUCCUAGUGAAGAUUUCCCGGUUACAUGGGAAAUGCGCUUACAAAUUGCUAUAGAAGUAGCCGGAGCUCUUUCUUACUUGCACUCUGCAUCCUCAAAGCCCAUAUUCCAUAGAGAUGUUAAAUCCACUAAUAUACUUCUUGACGCGAAAUAUAGAGCUAAACUAUCAGAUUUUGGAACAUCAAGGUCUAUUGCCACUGAUAAAACACAUUUAACCACUUGUGUUCAAGGUACAUUUGGUUAUCUGGAUCCUGAAUACUUCCGAUCACACCAAUUCACUGAUAAGAGUGAUGUUUACAGCUUUGGGGUAGUUUUAGUGGAGCUUUUGACAGGGUCAAAGGCUAUUCGUCGUUCUGACUCUGUUAAUGGUCAGAGCCUAGUGUUGUGGUUUCUGUCAGCUUUGGAAAAUUUGGAAUUGCAUGAUAUAUUGGCUGCUCGAGUUGCAAAAGAGGGUAAGAAAGAAACCAUCCUUGCCACUGCCAAUCUUGCUAAGCAGUGUUUGAACAUGGAUGGGAGACAAAGGCCAACAAUGAGAGAAGUCGCGAUACAGUUGGAGGUGAUCAGUAAACUGGAAGAUGUGCCUGUUUCACUUGAAAAGACACUGUCAGAGAUCGAUGUGCAGAAAUUCGAAGAUUUUGAAGUGAAUACAAGUGAUAAUGUAUUGCCUUCACACACAUCUUACACAGAAGAAGAUUGUUCUUUACCUUUAACUGAAUCUUUCACUACUAUAUUUUCUGCACUAAGAUCAAAAGGUGCUAACAGCCUCAAAUAGUUUUGUUGUGAACUUUGAUAUCAUGACUUAGAAUUUUCAGUACUUUUUUCUUCUUUCCACUUACUAGUUUCCAUUAAGAUAUACAUCUAGGCUUUGUUAUUCGGCAGCCGAAUGUGCUAAGGCUUGGUUUAGGUGUGGUGUAAGAGUAAUUUGCUUUGCUGUAUUGAUCUUGUAUUAUCAAUGUCAAAUUAUAAGAACUUGGAUGGUGAAUUAUUUUUCUUU